GCUGUAAUGAAAUGGACAAGACGUCAUUCAAAUCAAAAGUCAAACUGAAACAAGAUUUGAAGUUGAUAUUGACACACUACAAAGCUGCACCUUUAAGAGACACUGCCUCUUUAAAAAGGGGCCGAGCUCAAACUGCAGACGGAAAUGGGAAGUGAUUUAGCAUGAGGAGCAGCUGACUGAACGCACUGGACUCUGUCGGGAGCCUGGUUCCAGAUAAAGCAGCAGACCGUAGCAGUGGGGACAGAGGCACCGGGGGAUGUGAUGGCGACCGGGGAGUUGAACCCCAGUCACUACCCUGCUCAGAGGGCAGCCAAGGUGGUGCAGCACUACCUCAACACCCGCUACGGCUCACCAUACAGGGUGUUCGGGCUGCACAAGGUCCACAGUGGACACGCGGAGGACGUAGCAGAGUCUGGACGAAAGUAUCUGUUGAAGAUCUCUGUGCAGGAGUUUCUUCGUGAAACUGUAAAGAACUGCACUGCAGAGGUUUUCUUCCCGAAGGGGGAGAAGCAGGCUUCACCAGAGGUCCGGGCCUCGUGUGACGAGCUCCUUCAAAUCGACUCCAAAGCUCAAGACGAGGCCUUAUACCAACGCUACAAGAUGAACCAAAGCCUAGUGUCGGCAGAAUAUUUACCUGACAGCCACGGUAACAUGGAUCCUGACAUGAAGCCGUUCUGGCACCUUGGCAUCGUGGCCGCCAGCUUCGUCAUGCUGAGUGAAUCCAAUGAAAAAACUCUGUACAACACGGCUCAGGUGGCCCAGGUCACGCAGCUGGAAACAGAGAACGACCAGCUGAAGUUCAACUAUGACAUCCUGCUGCAUGAUAUGGUGUCUCAGGAGAUCAUGCACUGGAAGGUGCUGUUCACAUGGUCUCCGUCAGAGGGAGUCAAAGUGCUGCAGAAGGAACAGCUGCCUCGCUGCCACUGUGGAAGACUUCCAAACAAAAACUAGGCCCAUUUACCCCACUGCCAUCACAACUCUGCUCAUGAUGCCUGUUCACAUAUGGAACGUAAUGCAGCCUUUGGGGGGAGAAGUUCCUACUUCAAAGUCAAUCCGUCAUACAGUAUACAUCGACAUGAUAUCCUUCUAUUUUUCUUCUUGUUUAUAGUAAAGCAACUAAAUGGUUUAUACAGCUUACUGGCUUCGUUUGCGUGUGUAUGUGCCAUGGGAUCCAGACUUACGGUACAGCAGAGGUGAUGGUCUCUCUGAAAGCGACUUUGGGUUUUCCCAUCACACAUGGACAGUUGUAUUCUCUCUCCAUCCUCUGGAAGACCGAAACCAAGCCAAAAAGAAGAUAAAGAAAACGCACUUUGGUCAAAUUAGAAAAAUAUGUAUGGAAAAACAGCUUUUACUAAAUGCAGAAACCGGAUGUUCAGCCUGUUUCAGUGCAUCAGCCAAAGCUUUUUAUGGAAUAAAAAUUACAACUAAGCAUAUAACCUUUA